AUGAAUUGCUUCCAAUCGCGCUCCAGGGCGCGGACAUUCUGGGCCAGGCACCGAUCUAUUCAAUCGACAGGGCAGGCGCAUGCCAACGAGGCAUCAGAGGGUUCCGAUAUGGAGCUUGGGCUCAUCCAUAGCUACCUUGAUGAACUUGGCAGCGCAGCAGCAGGUGGAAAUCGCUGCUUCCCAGCUACCGCUUGUCAUCUUGUUAUCGAUGGCCGUGUCGGAGAGGACAUGAAACACCGUAUUGUCAAACACCAUUGCGUGGCAGGAUACCCAAAUGUUACGGCGCUGAUAUCACCGCCACUUGAUCAAAGGGCUUGCCGUGAGUUGGCUAAGAAGGACUACGAAGCUUGGCUGGUGUUGGCAUUAAGGAUCUCUGAUAUCCCCGGGGUUAAUGAGAUGCAUACCCCGCCGUUCCAUGACGAUCGUUACCUCGAUAUCGUCUUUGACGAUGCCGGUGGAAUGUUGGUCGAUGCCGUCUAUUGUGAGCAGGUCUUGAACCCCAUGGCCUUCGACAUGGGUGAAAUUGAGGCCACUAUUCUUGCUUUCCUUCAACAAUCCCCAGCCGUCUGA